AUUUUUUGUUGUACUUAUUUUAAUUGGUUUAUUUUUUAACCGUACACCUAUCCUUCAGCGACGAGAUAAAGUUAAGAUUUACACAAUAAGUUCAGGAAGUGCCUACAUCUAAAACCUGAACAGCAUUAAAAAUUAUGAAAGCGUAUGUCACACAAGCACGCACUAUAUUUAAAAUAAUUUUUUUUUAUCUUAUUUUCGUUAGGUUCAGUUAGGUUUGGCUGUGUUAGGUUAGGGUUGUUUAAAGAGUAGCAAUGAUGUAGACAGGUCAAACUUUUCUCAGGUCUUUGAUACUACUCUUUUUAAGAUUUGAUAACUUUUUAAUUAUCCCGUUUGAUUUUAUGUCAUAGAUAAUUGGUUACAAGGCAUUAGUAUUUUACCAAAAUUCAUGGUUUUGGGUUUGAAAACUUUUCUAACCCUUAGAUAAUUUCAAACAUCAAUUGACAUACAAGACCCAUAAUUAGAACACUUAGAAUAUCUUUGGUACAGGGUGCAUCAUUGCUAACAAACAUGUUUGUUAAAGUAAUUGAGCAAUUUUUUUAAUUUACCAUGAAAUGUUAAAAUUUCCUUAGAUUUUGUAUUAGGAAACUUUAUGAUUAUACAGCUUAUUAUUUCUUUACAUCAAAGUCUUAUCUAUAGAUGAAGGAUCAUCCGGAUGAGAGAGAACCUUGAAGCUUACCAGACCUUUCAUAAUGAAGGAGUUCUCGCCAAGUGCCACCAAGUACAUGUGGCAAGAAACUAUGAACAUGUCUGGGCUGUAGAAGCCAUAAUGGGACGUGGUGACAGGGGCAGACGGGGGCGUAGGAGAGGCUAUGGCUCCACUGGGUUUGAGGAAGCUGGGGGUUACAUGGCAGUUAAAAUUGCUAAGCUACAGAAUCAGUACAAGACCUCUGUCACAACAACUGUUGGUGAAGACAAUCAAGGAGUAUUUAAAGGUGUUGCAAUCUUUGUGAAUGGGUAUACAGAACCAACAGCAGAAGAGUUGAAACGCAUAAUGAUGACUAAUGGCGGCACUUAUCACCACUACUAUUCUCGCAGUAACACCACCCACAUCAUCGCCAGUAACCUUCCAGAUACUAAAAUAAAGAACUUGAACACAAGUAAGAUUGUAAGUCCAAAGUGGAUUACAGAGUCACUGGAAGCUGGACAUCUGCUGGACUACACUAAGUAUAUUCUCUACACUCAUCAAUCCACAAGUCAACCCAAACUGUCUUUUAAACCAUCAUCCUUAACAAAAGGCAAGGAUGAUUCAAGUAUUGGAAAUUUAGUCACAGUACGUAGCUCAGUAGAAAACACACUUGCAGGUAAUGGCGCAGUCUGUCGAGAAAUCAGCAAAGAGACAUCAUUGGUUGAGCCAGUGCACUUAGACACGGUAUUAAGCAGUAGCAAAACAAACUCGUGUUUAACUACUCAAAAUAUGAGUAGUGAUGAAAGGCAUAAACAUUCUAGUAUGACUGCAUUACAUAUUUCUAGCCCAACAAAAGAUCACUCUAUGAGCACUGCAAACCCAGGAUUUCUCUCUGAAUUCUAUAACAAUUCAAGGCUUCACCAUAUCUCAACAAUGGGAGCCAUGUUUAAGCAAUAUAUAAAUGAGCUACAGAGUAAAGAGGAAGGUUUUCCUGGACGAAGAAAUUUAAUCGAGUGGAUAAAAAAUAAAAGUGGAGAAAAUAAUUUAUCUAGUGUAUAUUCUGCUGAAGAUUUUACAACAGGAAAAAAUUCUGUGUCUGUUAUAAAGAAAAGAAAAAGAACUAUUAUGCAUAUUGACAUGGACUGUUUCUUUGUGUCUGUGGGUCUCCGUAAGCAUCCAGAGUUACGUGGCAAACCUCUAGCUGUGACACAUGCACGGGGUAACCAGAGAUCUCACGGACGAGAAGGAAUGGAUAGGCAGUAUGAGUUUAACUACUAUAAGGACCGAGCUAAAAAACGACUACAAAGAAAAAUGCAGCCAAUGGCUGCUGCCAAAUCGGGAAAAUUUGAUGGAGAAUUUGAAUAUUUUGAUGACGAAAAUAAUGAGGUGAACCCGAGUACGGGCAGUGUAGUGGUUCCUGCGUCUAAUACAAAGUUCUCAACAGUGACUUCAAUUGAUGAUACAAGCUCGUUGUCAGAAAUUGCAUCAUGUAGCUAUGAAGCGCGUAAAGCUGGUGUGAAAAAUGGCAUGUUUCUUGGGCCAGCACUGAAGCUGUGUCCUGACCUUCAGACAAUACCCUAUGAUUUUGAUGGAUACAAAGAAGUUUCAUUCAAACUCUAUGACAUUGUUGCCAGUUUUACGCAUGAUAUAGAAGCGGUUAGCUGUGAUGAAAUGUAUGUUGAUUUAACGGAACUGCUUCAAACCUGCCAGGUCACACCUGAAGACUUUGCAACUUAUCUUCGGGAUAAAGUACAGGCAGACACAGGUUGUCCAUGCUCAGCUGGUAUGGGACCCAACAUGCUGGUGGCCCGCAUGGCUACUCGACUAGCUAAACCCAAUGGCCAGCACCUGGCAGAUCCUGAUGACUUGCCUUACUACAUGAAGGAUCAGAAGGUCUCUGGUCUACCAGGUGUUGGCUGGUCCCUUGAAAGCCGUCUGCAAAGUGAAGGAAUACAAACUUGUGGGGACUUGCAGGCUAAAACUCUUGGUCACUUGCAAGCUGCUUUUGGGGCACGAACAGGCCUGUCCCUAUUUAACUACUGUCGAGGAAUUGAUGAUCGUCCAGUAAAGAGUGAGCAUGUGAGAAAAUCAGUUUCUGCUGAAGUGAAUUACGGAAUCCGGUUCACCUGCCAGAGUGAUGCCGACAAGUUCAUCAGAGAGUUGGCUGCUGAAGUGGAGAAUAGACUUAAUGCUAUUAAACUGAAGGGCAAAUGCAUCACACUCAAGCUCAAGAUACGUGCAAAGGAUGCCCCUGUAGAAACAGCAAAGUUUAUGGGACAUGGUGUUUGUGACAACAUUACCAAGUCUGUCUCGGUAGCCUCUGCAACUUCUACUGCGGCUGUCAUAGAAAGAGAGGCAUUAUCUUUACUUCACCAAGUGAAAGUUCCGCCACAGGACUUCAGGGGCGUUGGUAUUCAGGUGUCACGUCUGGAGGGACACCAAGGACAGUCAGGUGGCUCUGGAUCUUGUGGUGGAUCUUCUAUUAAAAGCUUUUUGUUAGCAGGCAAGAACUGUAUCAAGAAAAAGGCCAUUAACCCCAAUACCAAUCCACUUAAUUCUUUAGAAACUAAUCAAUCACCAUCUUUAGAAGAAAAUGGGCUUUCACAUAUCAAUAUGAACACAAAUAAUAAUGUGUGCUCAGUUGCACAGAGCUCCAUGUUUCAAUUUACGAAAGAAAAAUGCUACUCAAAAAAUGGUACGGCACAACCAGGACCAAGUAUGGAUCAGCCUGCACCAGCAUCGUCAACAAGCAAAAGUGUGUCUGCACAGAAAAACAACAUAGACCUAGAAGUUCUCAUGGCUCUCCCUGAUGACAUGAGAGAGCAAGUAAUAGCCGAGUAUCGCCAGCAAGGCUACAUCAUCCCGUCAGUCGGUGAUAGUGUUGAACAUAAACCUGAGGUAAUGGAUGGUGAACCUAAACCAAGCACAUCGGGCUAUGUGGCUCCGGUUAAAAAAUCUGGGAAACGAGAAUCCGAAACUAGCACACACGGCUAUGCAAAGAUGUCCACGAAUCAAGGGAAAGGUACUUCAAAAUUAAAUAUUGGUAAAUUAAAUGGAGGAAAUGAUUUUGAAAUUAGUAAGGAAAGUGAAGGCAGUACAAAGCAAGGAAACAAGAACUUCAAUGGCACAGUCUCCAGUGAUAACACAAUUGCUAGAGAGAGAGCUGGUGAGAAUACAGAUGGUAAAAGUAACUCUUCAACAGUUUCAGAAGAUGCACAAAAUGAAGCAUUAAUUACCAGCUUUUCUCAGGUGGAUACAAGUUUCCUUGAAGCCAUACCUGAAGAUCUGAGGGAAGAACUCCGCCAGGACUUUGAGCACAAAAAGCAAGCUGGAGCAAUGGCAUCAUUAUCACCAAAUAAACAGCGGCCUCAAAGGACAGGACCAGCGGGUGAUGGAGGUUCACUUGGGAAGAGGGAGAGCAGAGAUCCUCACCAGGCAGGAGCAGGAGGACUGAUGACCCUUAUGCAUCCCGGGUCACGACAGCAGCCGGCUCAUGCACACACUGCCAGUCAUUCUGGAAAUUCAUCUACAAGGAAAGUUCCCUUGGCACCUGGUAAAAAGAGGAAUAAACUGAGCAAGGCCAAAAUGCCAGGAGUCAACACAUCGCCAAGAAAACGGUACCCUCUCCUGAGAACAUCAGGGAGCCAGCUAACGCCAGAGAACACAAAUGUAAACGAAGAGUCUGUUGCGUCGAGUACGCUGUCAACGUUAGGGGAAGGAAAUUCAAAAGAAACAAGGGUUGAUGCUGAUAAGGAUAUUCCCAACCUUUGUGGAGUUGAGGAGAUGUCUGAAGUGAAGUCAUUAAUCCGUGAGUGGGUAUCAUCAUGUUCACAUCCGGAGGAAGAGGAUGCUGAAAUAUUGGCAUGCUUCUACACUAGCCUCAUCAGUCACCAUGAUCUUGAAAAGCUAGAUGUCCUUAUGAAGUACCUUUACAGGCAAGUUCUUAGACGACAAAAUGAAUUUUGGGAGUCGGCAUACAGAACUGUGGUUGGAAUAGUUCAGGGUGCCAUGCUGGAACACCACGAUGUCAAGCUCAAGGUUCUUCAUUUGUGACACAUUGCACUGCAUUUCCAAUGUGAUUAACAAUUUUAUAGUGAUAUAUAUAUAUAAGGUAAUUUUAAAUAUCUUUUUAUACAGUACAGUAUUAGGAAUUGUAUUCUAUUAGAAAUUUUGUAUUGCCAGUCAAAUCACUGUUACUAAUUUAAUCCAAGAGUAAAGUGAGCCUCAGUAUUGACAUAGUAAGGUUGUAUCGGUAGAACAGCAUUACUGAAGCCAAUUGCACUUCUGGUCAGACUCAUGUGAGAUAUAAAAUAAGUCCUUAGAAUUAAUUUUGGUAAGUUAUUCCCUUUCCUAAAUGUACAUUGUGUUACAAAUCAUAAGAAACAUAUUUCGUUGCAGUAAUUGUGGCAUAUUCAUAUAAUUAUUUCCAAUAUUCUCGUGAAAGACAGUAUAAUUCCGCCUAAAAAUAUCAAUAUGUAGUGUUACUGGGUUUAUUUACUGAUGACCGUACAAUAUUGAUGGACAUAUUUAGGGAACAGGUUGCAUGAACCGUUUUGACUUGCAUGUCAUGAAUGACACACUACAGUAUAUGCCAGUAGAAACAUGUGAUAUGUAUUUGUCACACUUGCAUGCUGAAGCCUUCAGCCUAAAAGCAGUACAGUAUUAUUUUGAACACGUAACACUGUCGAAAUAUGCGCGUACUGUAAUACACAACUACAGGUACCAGUACCGGGAAAUUGCAAUUCUUGAUCCAUUCCCUCUGACUUAUUACUGUACUGUAAUCCAAUUGUGGUUAUUUCAUUAAAUAUAUUUAUAUAUGAUUAAAUUGGAAGACUUGUCGAGUUAAUGUAAAAGGAAAAAAAUUACUAUUGCCUUUAAAUUUUGAUAAGGAAAAUAAAGGUUGCAUUAUGCACUUGCUCUUGCUGACCAGUGUUGUUAUUUUUGUUUCACAUCAACUGUUGCCUAGUCAUUUCUAAUAUUUUAUUCUAAAUCAAAUUAAUGAUAACAUAUUGUAAUAGCAAAACAAUUACAAUAUAUAUGUAUAGUGUGUCAUUAAAUAAACUUGCUACUGGCCGCUUCCAUCAUUUGUUUGUAGAGUACUGUGAACAUUUCGUGUUUCGCUUUGUACAUCAUUCUAGUUAUUACAAAUAUGUUAAAAAACUUUAUUAAUUAAAGCCAAAAUACAAAAACUCUUCAAUGAUAAUUCAACUAGAAAACUAUAAGAUUUUCAGUAUGUACAGAACUGUACUACCACGUGUCUUUCCGGUGAUGUCAUAACUGUGUGUUUUAAUGCUCACUCAUAACCAUCUCACUGCUAUUAACUAUCUCUCCAUCAUACUGUAUCUAUCUGCAGUAAAUGUGAUAACAAUAAUACAGUGAUAUGAUAACAAUAAUAUUUGAGAGAGUGAUUAGGAGUCAGGUCACCAAUUUCAUGGAGACCAAUGACCUUCACAACCCAGGCCUCUGAACCUUCUCCAUCUUUGUCUUGUGCUUGACUAAAUAUGAACUUUAUGCUGGAACUGCAUACUCCAGGACUGGUGUGACUUAAGCAAUAAACCGAUUUCUUAUGCAGUUCUUAUGUUAGCCAACCUCGUAUAUGCCACUAAUGAUACUGUAUCUAUUUGAUGUGGACUUCGAGUGACAGGCACGAGAUGAUAUCAACCCAUAGGUCCUUCUCACUCCAUUUCAUGAACAAUUUCAUCUCCCAUUUGGUACCUUGGGUCCGGCCUUCUACUACCGACACCUAGUUUCAUUAUUUCACAUUUACUUGAGUUCAACUUUAAUAGCCAUUUGUUGGCCCAUUCGUUGGCCCAUUCUUUCAGUUUGUCCAGGUCAUCUUGUAACUUCUUGCUAUUUUCUUUUGUUUUAAUCCUCCUCAUUACGUUUGCAUCAUCAGUAAACAAUUAGAAGACUGUCUUUUCCCUCUGAAUGAUUAUUUACAUAUGGGAAACAGGAUAGUUCCAAGAACUGAACCCUGUAAGAGACUGUUAGCGAUAUCUCGCCACUCUGAGAUCUCUUAUUAACUUGCUAUCUUAUGUUGUUUAAAUACUCCCUUAUCCACUGGAGUACCUUCCCUGUCACUUCAAUCUACUUCUCCAACCUAUGGAGUACUGUGUCAAAGGCUUUCUGACAUUCAAAAAAUAUGCAAUCUGCCUGCCCAUGUCUAUCUUGUCUAAUUUUUAGUUGUCUGGUCAUAGAUUUCUAUUAAACUUGUAAGGCAAGAUUUAUCAUCCCUGAACCCGUGCUAGUGAUUUUACAACGUUCCUUCUCCAGAUGUUCUAAAAGUUUUUCACGCAAUCUUCUUGAUCACCUUGCAUGGUGUACAAGUUAGGAACAUUAGCCUGUAGUUCAGUGCCACCUCUCUCUCUCCCCUUUAUUGUAUAUAGAGACUACAUUAACUAUCAUCCGACUUUCUGGUAGUUUUCCUGUUUCCAGUGACCAUGAUUUAAUUACUGAUCUUUCAUGAUCUUUCAGUGAUCAUGAUUAAUGAUCUUCCAAUGAUCAUUAAAAAUGUGUUAACUUAUUUGUGUGUUUUAUAAUGGUUUCCUACACGAAAUGUACAUUUCGGUGUUAAAAUUGUAAUAAUCCUAUUUCUCUACCUAACCCUGUGAAAUUAGAAGUGUAUAGAGGAGUCUUUUUGUAAGGCUCAUCGGAAACCAUUCGUUUCCGAUGAGCAGGUGCCAACUGUAAUCAUAAACGGUCUUGCGGAGGGUCUGCCCUCAUACUUGGAUAAUAACCCCCAUUCUCGGAUUACAAGAACAUGGUAUAUCUGGUUGAGAUACUUUCAAGUCCAUCAUGGUUCAUUCAGUAGUGUGAACACCUGAGGAGUUGAGGAAUGUGUAAGUUUGAUACCAUCACGUGCUUGAAUAUUAUCUGCACUGCAGAGUGGGCCACACUUGUUACUUCCUUUAGAAUUACUAUAGAUUUCCCUAUACUGUAGUCUCCUUUGAAAUGCUUGCUCACUUUGCCCUCCAAGAUUCCGAUGCAUUAGUUAAUUUUAUUGUAUGUCAUGAUGGUGUGUAGUUGUUAUUUCCAAAUGUAUAUAUCAAUAUUUUAAUAGUAAUUAAGGCAGUAUCUGUUGCAUAUGUUUGUUUUUUGGUUUCAUGCAAAUAUGAGUAUAUAAAUUUGUAAAUAUGUAUAUGUAUGUUUGUGUUUUUGUGUACUGUAUGUAUGUAUCUCCAUGAUUAGACAGCAGUGAGCCAUUUAAAAAAAUAUUUUGUAUACUCAGGGUGUGAUAGUUAAGGAUGAAGUGAAAUGUUAUGUUAUGGACAGAAAUUAUAACACUUCUCUUAGGGAAGUUAAUCAAACAUGCAUUUUAUACUGCUGACGAUCUUUAGUUGUCUUUAAUGUCUUUAUUUGUCUUUAGUUGAUGGAAUAAAAUUAAAUAAAUUUAUAGUCUGUAAUAUAUUUCAAAUAUACGGUAAUUCAAAUUUGUACUUUAUUAGAUAUUGAUUUAAAACCCGCAUUUAUGAGUUUUCAUCCUUAACAGGUAUAAGAAACGAUUAAAAGUUUUUAUUGUAUAUUUUAUGA